AUGGCCUCCGCCGAUGUUCCCAUGACUGACGCGCUCGCCAAGACGAUUGAUGCAACACCGCAAGCCGGGCAACAAAUAAGCCAUGCGGGCAAAGAAUACACCACCAUAAAGGAAGGGUUGGCGCAUAUCCUCGUGCCUCAGGGCGUGCCCACCUCGACCGACCCCAAAUUGUCCAAGGAAGAUACGCAGAAGCAACAAGUCUUCUACAACCCGAUACAGCAAUUCAACCGCGAUUUGAGCGUACUGGCGAUCAAGACAUUUGGUCAGGAUUCAAUACAGCGGAAGUCCAAGAAGCACGAACAGUUCAAGGAGAGAAAUGCGCGGAAGAAGCAGCGGAUGCAGGCAAGUCGCGCAGCCAAGGAUGUCGCAGACGGUUCGAACGACGUGACCGAGGUGAACCAAACAGCUGCAGUGCCAGGUGUGGAAGAGGUGACGUCCAAGAAGAGGAAGCUGGACGACGUCGAGAUGGAGGACGACGCAGCUCCCCCGAAGAAGCAGCGAGUCACCGAAAACGGCGAGAAGGAGGCAGAGGACGAGGUGGACAUAAAUGGGGGAAGGACACCCUGGAAGCCAGCCUUCAGUAUCUUGGAUGCGCUAUCUGCGACUGGCCUUCGUGCUCUUCGCUUCUGUGACAAGAAAGGAUACGACGUCAUCGAUCUAGAUCCCUACGGUACUGCAGCCCCGUUCAUCGAUGCGGCCAUACAAGCAAUCAACGACGAUGGGAUGCUGUGUGUAACCUGUACCGACUCUGCCAUCUUCGCCUCGCACGGAUACCUCGAAAAGACAUACUCACAGUAUGGUGGCCUGCCUUUCAAAGGUGAGCCGUGCCAUGAGGGUGGACUACGCCUGAUCCUACAUGCCAUCGCAUCUUCAGCUGCUCGCUAUGGCAUGGCCAUAGAGCCGCUUCUCUCCCUCUCCAUCGACUACUACAUCCGAGUCUUUGUACGAGUACGAAAAGCACCAAACGACGUCAAACUGCUCGCCGGCAAAACCAUGCUCGUCUACCACUGCGAAAGUGGCUGCGGCGCAUGGUCUACUCAGUUCCUCGCACGCAACAAGGUUACGAAGAACAAGAACGGUGAUCCCAUGUAUAAACAUGGCUUUGCUCAGGGGCCGUCCGCGGACCAGCACUGCGAGCACUGCGGUCAUAAGACCCACCUGUCAGGACCAAUGUACGGCGGCCCGUUGCAUAACGUUGGUUUUAUCGAAAGAGUACUAGCGCAACUGAAUGAUGUUGACCGCGAGACGUAUCCGACAAUGGAUCGCAUACAAGGAAUGCUCCAUACAGCUUUGGAGGAGAUUACGUUUGGCACCAAGCUGGAGAAGUCAAACGGAGCGCAACAGACCCAAGUACUGGAUGCCCUGAUCCCCAAGUCAGAUCCGGCAGAGAUAGACCAUCAUCCAUUUUUCUUCAUACCCAGUUCGGUAGCCAAGGUGGUCCACUGUUCUGCACCACCGUUAGCAGCACUACGUGGCGCGCUACGACAUGCGGGCUUCAAAGUAACGAUGAGCCAUUGCAAGCCUGGCUCCAUCAAAACCGACGCUUCUUGGAGUGACAUCUGGCACAUUAUGCUCGAAUGGGUGCGGCAGAGAGCGCCGCUCAAGAAUGCGCUCAAGACUGGGAGCCCGGGCCACGCCAUAAUGGCAAAGGCAAGCGCGAGCGGUCACACCAGGACAACUGCCGCUGCAGAACCAGCACAAGUACCGGUCGAUCCGGCGACAGAGGCGCAAGGUACGGGGGAAUCGGCGACAGCAACGGCAAAGGAUUUGCCAGCUUAUCUCAACACCAAAUACUACGUCAACUUUGACGAAAAGCUUGGCAAGGAUCAUGACAGAGGCAAGUACGUCCGGUACCAGCUCGCACCAAGGGAGAACUGGGGCCCGAUGUCGCGCGCCAAAUGA